AUGAAGUACUCCAUUAUCCUCCCGCUUCUUGCUACGACCGUACUUGCGGCGCCUGUUGUCGAAAAGCGCCAGGAUGCGGCUUGCAACGUUCCCACUACGUUUCCCUCCACCACCAACGCCAAGUUGCCCAAUCCCUUCAAGUUCUUUGAUGGAAAGGCUGUUACCACCAAAGCCGAGUUCGAGUGCAGGAAUAAGGAGGUGAGCGCUGCUCUUCAGGCGCAGGAGCUUGGCGAUUUCCCCAAGAAGCCUUCCACAGUCGCUGCAACUUUCUCUGGGUCGUCGCUUGCCAUCACUUCAACCGAGGGCGGAAAGUCGGUGUCCUUCUCCGUAUCAAUCAAGAAGCCCAGUGGAAACGGCCCGUUCCCAGCUAUCAUCGCCUACGGGGCACCCAGUAUCCCCGUUCCUGCCGGCGUUGCGACCAUCACCUUCAGCAACGACGAUAUUGGGCAGCAGUCGGGUGGCAGUAGCCGUGGAAAGGGCAAAUUCUUCGAUCUGUACGGCUCUGGACACAGCGCUGGUGCUACUACUGCGUGGGCAUGGGGUGUUGACCGCAUCAUAGAUGCUCUCGAGGCUACCCCUGGCGCUGGCAUCGAUCCAAAGCGUGUCGGCGUGACAGGCUGUUCCCGUAACGGCAAGGGUGCCUUUGUCGCUGCUGCUCUUGUCAACCGCAUCGCUCUUGGUCUUCCCCAAGAGUCCGGCUCUGGUGGUGCUGCCUGCUGGCGUAUCUCUGACUCUGAAAAGGCCAAGGGCAAGAACAUCCAGACCUCUGGCCAGAUUGUCGGCGAGAACGUCUGGUUUUCUGCCAAGUUCAACGCCUUCAGCACAAAGUCCUCCACGCUAGCCACUGAUCACCACCAGCUCGCUGGUCUGGUCGCUCCGCGAGGCCUGCUUGUUAUUGAGAACGAGAUUGACUGGCUCGGCCCUGUCUCUACCACUGCUUGCAUGAAGGCUGGUCGCCUCAUCUACAAGGCUCUUGGUGUACCCGACAAUAUGGGCUUCACUGGCGCUGGGAACCACAAUCACUGCUCUUUCCCCUCCAACCAACAAAGUGACCUUACUGCGUUCAUCAACAAAUUCUUGCUCAACCAGGACUCGAACACGGCCAACAUCGAGAAGGGACCGAGUGGUGCAGACGCCGCUACGUACAUUGACUGGACCCCGCCUACGCUCACUUAG